AUGGGGAGCUCAGUCCCAUUGGAAACAUCUACAACACAAAAGUCCUGCACCAAAGGCUCAGGAAACAUCAUGGAAGAGGAGAAAGAUUGUGAGAGCCAGGGGGCCAGGAAGUCUGACGCUCCGGUCGGCUGCGCAGACUUACCUGGUCCCGCCCAGCUCGGGAGCCCAGCCCGUCGCCGGAAGCUCCGCCCGCCGCCGGAAGCGCCGGUGGGCGGAGGUCGGGCUUUGCUCUUCCCGCUGCCCCGUCCACCACGGGGUCCACCCUCUGACCAGAGCUGGCUUUCCCGGGAGGUCAGGCCGAGUCUCGGGCCUGCGUCCCCCGCGGGCGGCCCAGCGCCAGGGCUGGGUCCCGGGCUGCCUCAGCCCGCUUCCCGCUUCCUGGGGGCAGUGGCGGCCGCUGGACACCGGUGGGUGGCGGGCGGGACCGGGGUCGCCGGCGGCUUCGGCACGGCCACCCUUGCCAGCACUUCGGCCGGCCCUCCGCAGAGCAACGGGGGCGGGGGCGGUAAGCAGAGUAAGCAAGAAAUUCACAGAAGAUCUGCUCGGCUCAGAAAUACCAAAUACAAAUCUGCCCCAGCUGCUGAAAAGAAAGUUUCCAGUAAAGGAAAAGGAAGAAGGCAUAUUUUUAAAUUAAAAAACCCUAUCAAAGCUCCUGAAUCUGUCUCUACCAUAAUUACUGCAGAAUCAAUCUUCUACAAGGGAGUAUAUUACCAGAUUGGUGAUGUUGUUUCUGUGGUUGAUGAGCAGGAUGGAAAGGCAUACUAUGCUCAGAUCAGGGGUUUUGUUCAGGACCAGUACUGUGAGAAGAGCGCAGCGCUGACGUGGCUCAUUCCUACACUCGCUAGCCCCAGAGACCAGUUUGAUCCUGCAUCCUAUAUAAUAGGGCCAGAGGAAGAUCUUCCAAGGAAGAUGGAGUAUCUGGAAUUUGUCUGUCAUGCACCUUCUGAGUAUUUCAAGUCAAGGUCAUCACCAUUCCCUACAGUUCCCACCAGACCAGAGAAGGGCUACAUAUGGACUCACGUUGGACCUACUCCUGCAAUAGCUAUUAAGGAAACAGUUGCCAACCACUUAUAACUACAAAAUCAAACCUGGGGCAUAGUUAGUUAGCAUGUAUGAGGCUUUGGAUUUAAUCCUCAGAACAUACAUACACACCCCAAGAUAAAACCAGAUUUCCAUUUUUCUUAUGAGAUAUGCCACACAUUUUUCUCUUUAAACUAAUCUUCUUUACAUUUUUGAGACAGGCAUAGUCAAGGCUGGCCUAACCUUGAGAUCUCCCUGCCUCAUGGUCCUUGAGUGCUGGGAUUACAGAUGUGUUGCAUCUGUGCUGGUUAAUGCCAGAUACUUUCAUGAAGCUCCUACAUAGAAACUUGGCUUGAGGAAGUUUUUAAUCCUACUACCCCCAGUUACUAGCUUGUUUAAUGCCUGUUGCUUAGAAAAUAAUAGGGUGGAAAAAGAAUAAAUUUGAAGUUUAAUAUUAAAUUCCAUGCAUAUUU